AUGGCUAGUGAGGAUAGUUUUCUAGUGCUAGUACACCACAGAGGAUCGAUUAAGAGAAAAACUCGGUCUGGCGUGAAGUUCACUGAUAAGGAUCCUCUAUGUAUUAUCGUGAGCCCUACGACCAGCUACGAUGCUCUCGUUAGCUCCGUGCUGGUGAAGCUUGGUCUGGGAGGAGUGAAAAGGGUCAUGUUUAUUUCUCAUAGGCAGUUUCCCGAGGUCAGGACACCAGAUAUGUUGGUAAAGUUGGUUGACGUCGUAUCCAGCUCGGGUGGGUCGAACCGGAAUGCCAACACUAUAGCCGCGGUGGCCGGUUCGAGCUCGAGACCUGCGGUUGCUUCAUCCUCCGUCCCAGUGUAUGAGCCAGCGAUCCAACUUGCCGCCUCCCAAUCGUUUGCUGUUGAUCUCAGCGGCAACGUUGGAGACGAGGUUGGAUAUGGGGAACAUCUUCCGACCGAAGUACAGUGUCCUACACCGGCUGGUGUUGGAGAGGGAUUGUUUGAUGAUCCAGAUGACGAUGAUGUCGAGCCUGAUACGAUCGCUGAUGAAAGCGGCGAUGAUGUUGGAGCGAGUGAUCCGAUAAGGGCUACUGGUGGAUCAAGUUCUGGCACACAGCAAGUUCCAGGUGGUCAACAAUUUAAGGAUAAAGAUGAGGCGCUGUUGAGUGUGAAGACGUACAGCAUCCGCCGAGGGGUACAGUACAAGGUAGUUGAGUCUGACUAUCGCAGGUACGUGGGAAAGUGUUCUGAGUUUGAGAAUGGGUGCACAUGGUUGAUUCGGUUGAGUCUCCGGCAACGCAAGGGCAUCUGGGAAGUCAAGCGGUACAACGGACCGCAUACCUGUCUCGCCACCUCCAUCUCCAGCGACCAUAGGAGUUUGGACUACCAUGUGAUAGCGACAUUCAUUAUGCCAAUGGUUAGGGCUGACGCAUCCGUCAACAUCAAGGUGCUUCUAAAUGCCACGGCUGCACAGUUUGGCUUUAGGUCUACAUAUAGGAGGGUGUGGAUGGCGAAGCAGAAGGCGGUUGCAAUCAUCUAUAGGGACUGGGAUGAGUCCUGUCAUCAGGACUUGCCCUGUUCGAGUUGGGGGACAGGUGGACGAGUCCCAGGCUUAUUUUCAUAG